AUGCACCAGCGUGUGGGCGAGCAAGUGCAAGAGCGCGCCGGCGCCAUCAUAAGAGCAUCCUGGGAGAAAUGCAGCAUUGAGGUGGCCGACGCCUUCGAAUCCUUCACACUGAAGGGCGGAAGCAACGGGAAGUUGCAACGUGUGAAGUCGCCGGCCCUCGACGGACAGCUUCAGCCACGCGCCGGUGUAACGGCGCUGUUGAGUGGGCGCGACACCGCCUCGACACGCGUGUUGAAUAAGAUCGCCGCCUUUGCGCGGAUCGUCGACGCGCAGCCCCCAGCAGAGUGGGUGGGGCACUUCACCGCACAUGUCGUGGACGACGCCCCUCAUGUCACUGACGAGGUUGCGCUUCUCUGGACAACGGUAGAGCAGAUCCUCCACCCGAUGCUGCAGCACGGCUCCGCCAGUACGACCAUGACGUUCGUCGCGUCUAGCCGGCGCAUGAUGGAGCGCAAGGCUCUCGUCAGCGUGCUGUCACGCACCCUGAAGGUGGAGCCUGACCGCCUUGGUGAGCUGGAGAAUAUGCACGCCACGCGCUUCGUCAGCCUCGUCGAGCGCUGUGUUUCGUCAUCAAAUCCGUGGGCGAGCAUCUACACUGCCAUGCGCUGCGGCCGCUACGACGCCGCUGCCACUAUUGCGAACAGCGCGGGAUUCCGGUUGGUAGGUGAGAAACUCGAGGCCUACGCCAAUGCGCACAUGACGCAGCGCAACGCGUUGCCGCCGGCAGUUGACUUGCGUCCUUUGUAUGAAGAGGAGGCCACGCGUGCGGACCCGUACCGACACAUGGUCCUGUUGCUAUUGCUCCUCGGGAGCACGGGGGAGAGCGGUGAUGUGGUGCUGCCGAUAGUGGCGUCACUUUCGGCGAAAGUGGCGUCUUCACUGGAAGACACACUGUGGAUCCGUCUCUUUUGUGUGCGGUCUGUCGAUGUGCGGGGUGGCGACAAGCUUCAGGCGCUUGCGGAGAUGCAGCGGCUGCUCCUGGAUGACAUGCAAGAACUCGUUACCUUAGCCCGCGGUGACACGGUUCGGUUGGCGUCACUGCUGAUACACGCAGUGCUGCCAUCGUCAGGGCUUCGGCUUUUGAUUGAGGAUGACUCCACGUAUGUGGACGGCAUUCACAUUGCCAUGUGCUUCCACAACUGCCAGCUGCUCUCGUGCAGCGAUGCUGAAGUGCCGAUGGAUCUCAGCCGCCUCAUCCCGCAGUAUUGCACACUCGUGCUGCUUGAUGCGGACAAGCGGAACGCCCGCAUUGCCCGCUCUGGUGCCGCCGUCUUCCGCUACUUCCUCCGCACCAACCUCAUUAAUGCUUUUGUUGACUACUGCAGCAACGAGUUGGUGUGUGCGAAGUUGCUGGGGCAGCGUGGUGGCAGCCGCUUCGGCAGCGACGGGGUGCUGCUGCAGGGAACGCCGUCGACGGAGCUGCUUAGUGCUAUGGAGCGUAUCGCCGAAGGGGGUGCGGCGCGUGGGCAGACGGAACUCGCCGUGCACGUCUUCUCCAUGCUGGAGAGUGCUGCGGCGCUGGUGAGGGAUGAGACACGCGCGAGCUACGCGCUGAGUCGCGCGGUUCAAGUGAUCUGCCCCGCAUUGUCGCAGGCCUUUCAGCAGCAGCCAUCUAGUGAAAGCACGAACCUCUUCGUGCACGCCGCCGAACUGCAGCAGCGCGUGGCCCGCUCGACGCACGACAUCCCGCACGCGCACGCUGAAGCGUUCCAGCUUCUGUGCAAGAUGGGCGAGGUGUUCGUCAGCGCCGCGCGUGGCGAGUCGGAGGUGGCGCUGCGGUGCUUCUGCAGCCUCCCGUUCAUCCCCACCAGCACCGACGACAUUGACCGCUGUGCGGAGGCGUUUGGCGCCGUGUCGGAGUGCGUCGAGACGGCCACACCGCCCAUCGUUCUGCUGGCGGCGCGGAAGUCUCUGCAGCUCGCGGAGGCGUGUAGGGCGGCGGGGCAGACGGGUGAGGCCGCGCAGCUGCGGCGGCAGGUGCAGGUGCUCACGAUGUGGGUGCGCCGGUGGAGGCGGCAAGUGGGCAAGCGACUCAUUGAGGAGUUGACUGCCAUUGAGCAGUUGUUUGCACCUUGA